ACGCCGUUUAAAUUUGAUUUGAUCGAUUGAUAUUGUUCGAAGUUCGAACUGUAGUGUUCCGACUCUCAGAUCAAGAGGAUUAAAUGCAAAUAUUCUGAAAAUCUUGGAAAAUUUGCUGUUGAACUUUGAACCGUAUUAUUCAAACCACAAAGUCUUAAGGCAUCAUUGCAAUGGAUUCUACAGAAGUGAAUUCACAGCGUAGAACAUUUUCAAUCAAAUUAUGGCCACCUAGUGAGAACACUAGACAGAUGCUUGUGGAGCGGAUGACCAACAAUCUUACUACUAAAUCUAUUUUCACACAAAAAUAUGGAACUCUGAGCAAGGAAGAGGCUGAAGAGAAUGCAAAAGGGAUUGAGGACAUGGCUUUUGUCGUAGCUGACCAACAUUAUGAGAAGGAGCCAGAUGGUGAUGGAGGCUCUGCUGUCCAGCUUUAUGCCAAGGAAUGUAGCAAGCUUAUCCUGAAUGUUCUUAAGAAAGGAUCUAGUAAUAAGGAUAACAAAGAAGCAGUGACAUCUGGUAAUUUAGAUGCACCUAGCGAAUCUGUGAAUGUAAUAGAUGCACCGCAUGACUCUCAGAAUGGAGAUGCACCUAGUGAAUCUGUGAAUGUAAUAGAUGCACCUCGUGAAGUUGUGGGUGGAGAUGCGCCUAGUGAAUUUGUGGGAGGAGAUGCACCUAGUGAAUCUCUGAAUGGAGAUGCACCUAGUCAAUCUGUGUUCGAUAUAUCUAAAGGACAACGAACCUUCAUUGAAGCCAAGGAGGCUCAGGAACUCUUAAAGCCCUUACAGGAGCUAGGAAAUUCAUUCACAAAAAUAUGUUUCAGCAACAUAAGUUUUGGAUUAGAAGCAGCAAAAGUUGCUGAGCCUAUUCUCGUUUCUGUGAAGGAGCAGUUGAAAGAAGUAGAUCUAUCAGAUUUUAUUGCUGGAAGAUCUGAGGAAGAAGCUCUUGAAGUCAUGAAAAUAUUCUCGGCUGCUCUAGAGGGUAGUUUCUUGAAGUAUUUAAACCUCUCUGAGAAUGCCUUGGGUGAGAAAGGUGUGAGGGCUUUUGGAGCACUUCUGAAAUCUCAAACCUGCCUGGAGGAACUUUAUUUGAUUAAUGAUGGCAUUUCAGAGGAUGCUGCUCGAGCAGUUUGUGAAUUGAUUCCCUCCACAGAGAAGCUUAGUGUUCUUCAUUUUCACAAUAAUAUGACCGGAGAUGAAGGAGCAGUAGCUAUAGCUGAGAUUGUGAAGCGUUCUCCUUCAUUGCAGAACUUCCGUUGCUCCUCUACGAGGAUAGGCUGUAAAGGUGGAGUAGCCUUGUGCAAUUCUCUCGGGAGUUGUGCCCAUCUGACGAAGCUUGAUUUGCAAGACAACAUGUUUGGUGUAGAAGUUGGCGUUUCUCUGAGUAAAGCUCUUACCAAUCACGCAGAACUGAGAGAGGUGUAUCUGAGCUACCUAAACUUGGAAGAUGAGGGUGCAAUUGCCAUAGUUAAUGCUCUUAAGGAUUCAGCUCCGUGCCUUGAGGUUCUGGAGAUGAAUGGAAAUGACAUGACAGUUAAAGCUGCUCCUGCAGUAGCAGCAUGCAUGGAGGCAAAGCAGUUCCUUGCCAACUUGAUUCUGGCCGAGAAUGAACUCAAAGAUGAAGGUGCCAUCCAGAUUAGCAGGGCAAUAGAAGGCCAUGCCCACUUGAAGAAAAUUGAUCUGAGCUCCAAUAAAAUAAGAAGGGCAGGGGCUCGUCAAUUGGCUCAGGCUGUUGUGCAGAAGACUGAUUUUAAGUUGCUGAACAUUAAUGGAAACUUCAUUUCUGAAGAAGGGAUUGAUGAGGUGAAGAAUUUGUUCAAGAAAUGUCCUGAGAUGCUUGGUCCUUUGGAUGAUAAUGAACCUGAUGGAAUCGAUGACGAUGACGAAGAAUGUGAUGAGGAAGACAAUGAGAAUGAACUGGAACCCAAAAUGAAGAACCUUGAAGUUAGUUAAGAGCCAAGUAGUGAUCUAGCUGAUUCAAGUGGUCCAUUAUUAGGUUCUGCUAUUUAGGUAACUUAAUUGGGUAUCUGGACCAUUUUGGUCCGACAAUAGUUAGUAGAACCCUUAAGAUGCAUUAUUGGGAUAGCAAUUUGAGGGCGCAUGUCUGUAGUUUAGGUACGGUCAUUUUAAUGGCCAUCUGUUUGCUUUUCACUUGAUGUGGUAGUAUUUGCUGUAGGAAUCAGACCACUUUAAUUUAGUAGUUUGUUGUAAUCUAUUCUGUUUGAUUAAUUUUUUAUUGUCCUUUCUUCUGCUUUUAGAAGAAUGGUAAAGUCAGACAGAACCAACAACUGUUUGAUUUGUCUAACUUUUGUAGUGUUUGGGUUUCGAUUGAAGGAUGAAAUGAGAUUCUGAGAAGUGGGUAUGGAGGAUUUAA